AUGGCGCAAGACAUCAAGACCGAGCUGCUGCCCGGGCGCGUUGACAACCUGACCCCUGAGCAGGAGGAAAAGGUGCGGAAGCUCUGGGCUGCCAUCUUCCAGGUGUGCGCGGUCGGCGACCAGGACGACGCCGCCUCAAAUGCCGCCUCGGUAGAGUCGCCGGCAGCGCUGUCGGACAAGACAAACACCAAGGACAAGGGAGACAAGAAGAAGAGGAAGAUCACGUUGUUCUCCAAGAAGAACAAGACCGAUGCGGACACGAGCUCAACCACAAGUGGUGUGAGCGCGUCAAUCAAAGCCGAUGACGCCGAUGACAAGUAUGGACAAAACAAGCAGUUCCUCGACACACUGGCAAACACCUCGCCCGAGGUCAUUCGCGCCACGCUGUGGGAAAUGGUCAAGCAUGACCACCCCGACGCACUGGUCUUGCGCUUCCUCCGCGCAAGGAAAUGGGACGUUGACAAUGCGCUUGUUAUGCUGGUGUCUACCAUGAACUGGCGCGCCACCGAAGUCCACGUCGACGAUGAUAUUAUGAAGAACGGCGAGGCUGCGAUGGUCGAAAAAUCACAGUCAAGUGACCCUAAGGCCAAGCAGCUCGGUGGCGAUUUCAUGGCGCAAAUCCGCAUGGGCAAGAGCUUCCUCCAUGGUGUUGACGACAAGGGACGCCCCAUAUGUGUUGACUACACGCCGGUCAAGUUCAUGAUUAAGUGUUUUGAGGCCAAUUACCCUGAGUCGUUGGGCUCGGUGCUAGUACACAAGUCACCCUGGAUUUUCCAAGGGAUUUGGAAGAUUAUAAAGGGUUGGCUUGAUCCCGUGGUAGCUAGCAAAGUGCAUUUUACCAACAACAUCAAGGAUGUAGAGCAGUUUAUCCACUCCAGCCGGGUGCUGAAGGAGCUCGACGGGCAGGAGGACUGGGCCUACCAAUACGUGGAGCCCAUACCUGGCGAAAACGACAGGAUGAAGGACGAGGCGACGAGGAACGGCCUGUUGGCCGCCCGCGAGCAGUUGUACAAGGACUAUGAGGAGGCAACUCUGAAGUGGAUCCAGAACCCCGAGGACGCGUCGGCCAAGGUACAGCGGAACAGCAUCGCGGCCAAGCUCAGGGCUGAUUACUGGAAAUUAGACCCCUACGUGAGGGCGAGGUCGCUCUAUGACCGGACGGGUUGGUUGCAAGGAGACAAGGUCGAGCCAUACCCCAAGAAGGCGAAUGCCGAGCCGACAACGACGGCGGACGACGUGGAUUAA